AUGGCAUCAAACCAGUCUUUCACGGAGAAUUCCCCACUGUUGGGUGAGAACAACACCAUUGUGCCCACCGGAGCGAUUGUUCAGCGAGAUGCGGAGACCGGGGAACCUAGUGAUCCAGAGCAGUCGGGGAAGCAGCCUUUCCCCGACGCGAAAAAGCAGCUCAAAUACAUCGUUCCGGCAAUUUCUAUAGGGGUCUUUCUGUCUGCGGCUGAUCAAACAAUCAUCAUGGCCAGCUAUGGGCAGAUUGGAAGUGACCUGAAAGCCCUCAAUCUGACUAGCUGGAUAGCAACGUCAUACUUCUUGACUUUGACGUCCUUCCAACCAUUGUAUGGAAAAUUGAGUGAUAUCUUUGGUCGGAAGCCAUGCUUGUUGUUUGGUUAUGCCAUAUUUGGGAUCGGGUGCUUGGGUUGUGGUCUGGCUCGCAAUAUCAAUGAACUCAUUGCUGCUAGAGUCUUCCAAGGUAUUGGCGGUGGCGGCAUGACCACAGUAGUAAGCAUCUUGAUGAGUGACCUCGUCCCGCUGCGAGAUCGAGGACUAUGGCAAGGAGUUAUCAAUCUUAUCUACGCCACUGGCUCGGGUGUCGGAGCACCGCUUGGGGGUAUCCUAGCUGAUUAUGUUGGAUGGCGCUGGGCGUUUCUUGCACAAUUCCCCCUUUGCAUUGUGGCUUGUAUCACGGUCUCGCUGAUGCUCAAGUUGCCGGCGCAGGAGAGCUCACACUGGAAAGACAAGCUCCGUCGCAUUGAUUUCCUUGGGGCCGUGGUCCUGGUUGGUGCCGUGCUUGGCAUCCUUCUUGCUCUCGACCGCGGCAGUAACGUGUCAUGGACUAUGCCCCUGACCAUCAUUUCCUUGAGUGUGUCGCUCGUUCUUUUUGUCGCCUUCAUCUUGGUUGAGGUCUAUCUCGCAGCAGAGCCCUUCGCCCCUGGUCACAUCAUCUUUAACCGCACUUUCUUUGCGCUUUACUCGUGCAAUUUUUUCAGCUUUGGAGGAUGGUAUGCUGCCUUGUUUUACCUUCCGUUGUAUUUCCAGGCGGUUGAUGGCGUCUCGGCAACGACUGCCGGUCUGCGUCUACUACCAUCCAUUUUGUCUGGCGUUUCUGGAUCACUCCUUGCCGGGUUCAUCAUGAGAUGGACCGGAAAAUACUAUUGGCUGACGGUUAUUGCGUACGGCUUCCUCACGGCCGGUUGCACCGUGAUCUACCUGUUCUCGGGUGGCAUUCUGACCAGCGUCAUUCCGAUGAUCAUUGGAACGGUCAUGUCAGCAUUUGGAAACGGAAUUGGAGUCACGUCCACACUCAUUGGGCUGAUUUCCAAUGCCACCCUCGAAGACCAAGCAGUCGUAACAGCUUGUUCGUAUCUGUUCCGAUCUCUUGGGUCCGUCAUUGGCCUCUCGCUGUCUUCAACUGUGGUCCAGCAGUUGUUGAGGGAAGAUCUCAGAGAAGGUCUUCGAAACAGCAAAGAUAUUGAUCAGAUCGUGGAAGGAGUCCGUGAGAGCUUGGACUAUAUCAAAAAGCUUGACCCCCAAGUUGCAAAUAUUGUGCGCGGGUGCUAUGGCUCCUCGGUCAACAAGGGAUUUGCCUUUGUCAUCGCUGUUGUUUCACACGCGCCGUCAUACCGCGCAAUCUCCCACCUGGAGCUCCUGGAGCGCCAGAAUGGCGUCUACGGAACAUUCAGAAUCGAGACGGAGGAUGGCAGAAGGGUGGAAAGCGGUCUUCUUCCUUCACUGCUGUCGACCCGGGACCAGUUGAUGGAAGAGGUCGGUGUACUUCCUGCGCAUGCGGAGCGCAUGCGCGAAAUGAUGGAGGAUACAUUUUUGAGAUCUUUUCUGGCGCUCGAUUUCCCACCGACACACACUAUACCGGAGGGUAGCUCUGAGCGGGCUUACCUCACGGAUCAGCUGCAAGAAAGAGGAAUCUCCGGCAGUGGGAUUGAAAGGGCGCUGGCGCUUUUCAAUGCGGACGAUAAUUAUGGCGAAGAGCUGCGUCGCCGUCGUCAGAACGGGGAACGUGUGACCUUAUCGACAUCGACAUUUCCCUUCGUCAACGAGCCGGAUCCGAAUCAGGAAGGCGGGGAGACGGUCGUUGAUGACCAAAGUGUCUUCUCCUGGCGGGAAGGCAAUAAUGAAACUUCCCCUGCGAGAGAGGGUCAAAACUUGCUGAAUCUGCUCUACCACAUCGCGGAGGAUCAGGCGCGCCGAGAUGGUUACAUCCACCGUGGGGUGACCUGCAACAGUUGCGGAGUCAUGCCUAUUCAAGGAAUACGCUACCGUUGUGCCAAUUGCAUCGAUUACGAUCUUUGUGAGACAUGUGAAGCAAUGCAAGUUCAUAUCAAGACUCAUCUCUUCUACAAGGUCCGCAUACCAGCGCCCUUCCUGGGCAAUCCUCGUCAAUCGCAGCCGGUCUGGUAUCCUGGAAAGCCACUGAGCCUGCCGCGCAGCCUUCCGCGUCCUCUCGCCAAGCGCUUGAUCCGCGAAACUCAGUUCGAGAAUACUGAGAUUGAUGCACUCUGGGACCAAUUCCGCUGUCUAGCGAGCCAUGAAUGGGCAGACGAUCCCAACAAGCUCUACAUGGCCAUCGACCGCAAAACGUUUGACCGUUGCUUUGUUCCCAAUACAUCUCAGCGCCCGCCCCCUCCAAGUCUGAUCUAUGAUCGCAUGUUUGCAUUCUACGAUACCAACGGCGACAAUCUUAUCGGCUUCGAGGAGUUCCUGAAAGGGCUGGCUAGCCUCAACAACAAGAGCACGGAUGAACGGCUGCGUCGCGUUUUCCGGGGCUACGACAUUGACGGUGAUGGAUAUGUCGAGAGAAAAGAUUUCUUGAGGAUGUUCCGGGCGUACUAUACCCUCAGCCGAGAGUUGACCCGUGACAUGGUGGCAGGACUCGAAGAUGACUUCCUGGAUGGUGGUGCCCGAGACGUGGUUCUGGGCAGCCAGCCCAUUAGCUCCGCCUUCCCCGGUACCAUUCCUCCGGGAGAGGCAUCACGGCUUGGCGAAGGCAAGCGCGUGAACGCGGAUGGCGAUAUGGAGAUUAUUGACAAUAGUGGCAUUCUUCGCUCGGAUGGUGCUGACACUGGCGAUCGUUAUGCAGUCAUUGGGGAUGCCUCUGUCAGGCAGCAAUUUGGUCGUACAAGGCCACUCAUUCCGUCUGGAGUGCGGCUACCAAAUAUCACGAUUGAGGCUCGGCGGCGCGACGACGCGCAACAAGGCGAGAGUGAAGAGACCAACGAGGAGGAAGGGAGGGAGGCAGAGGAAGGUGAAGCUGAUGAGCCAAAUGAUGAUGGCGUAUGGCCGCGUUCGGCACCGAUCCAGCCAGAGGACAUUGUGAAUGUCAUUGGAACGUAUGUACCCCCGGAGAUCAGCGACCCAAUCGUUCGAGCACGUCUCGUGACAACCAUUUUUGACAGAUUCCGGGAUACCGAGGAGCGACGCUUCGAAGAAGCGCGUCGCAACGGGAUCGAUGAACGCUGGCGUCGCAGAGCCUUCUACACAGAUGAGGAAGACGGUGCCACUAUCCCCGAGGGGUACCGCAGAGAUCCUACUUUCGAUGAUGACUUGAGCGACAACGCAUCUGUAGACGACCAGUCCACGGUUGAGUCGCAUCCCCCUUCUCCUCGUUCAAGGUCUUCUUCCAAGGUCCGGUUCGAGGACGACAUUGCUGACGAUUACGAUGUGCGGUCGAAUCCGUCAACCUCGUCACGCAGUAUUCCUGUCGGUGAGCGAUGGGGCGGCUUUGAGAUUCCAGAGGUGGAGAGGGAUGUCGGCAAGGAGUAUUUAUACCAAGUGACACAGCAAGGGUUCAAUGAGCUUCUGGAUAUCCUGUUCAAGGAAAAGGAAGAUUUGAUGAUGGAAGUCUAUCGCACACGCAUUGACCGGAAGACCUGGGCCCAUGAAAUUGAACAGUAUGAUAGCGUUGCUCAGGAGCCCCCAGCGAAGGAAGGUGAAGCGAUCUUCCCAAACAACGAGGAACAUCUGCAGCAGAUUACCCAGGAGCGUUCGCUCGACGAUCUUCUAAGUCGGGCUGGCUAUUCGGUCCAAAGUCCGACCUUGGAGCCGAUUGAUGCUCAGCCAGUUCUGGCACCACCUACGCCGGGUCGCGUCACGACGCCAGAUGGUUAUGCGCGACCUACUUCUGCGUCUAGUUUCCGUUCCGAGGAGAGCGCGGAUCAGGAUUCAUCCCUUCGGCAAACCGAAACUGACGGCCAUGUCCACGACGAGGACGAUUGGACGGACUCGGUGGCCAGCUCUGUUGCCGCGGACGACCAGCCCACUCCGUCAGAACACGCUACCUUUGGAGAGUCGUUCCACAUCGAGCCCGAGGCCCGCGUUGAUGAACCUCUUUAUUACGACUCCACCCUCCCACAAUUCCGCCCUGAGACAGACAGUGUCGACGGAAAUGCCCCAGCCAUGAUUUCCGGCGAUGGUAUCAGUGGAUUCGAAACGCAACGCCUCCCCAGUCAAAUACUGCUUUUACCAGAGAGCAAUAUCUCCCUCCCUGCGCCCUCUUCUCCCCACUCAUUUCCCGCAGAUGCCGAAGAGACUGCACCCAAGCUCUCUCCCUCGCCCAAGCUCUCUUCCUCUCCCAUGCAGUCGCUCCCGCCGGCACCAGCCUCAUUCACGUCCAAGCAAGACGACUCUAACCCGCAGAGGCCAGGGCCACGAACUCUCGCCCGAUGGGCCUACCUCAAUCGCCUCGAGCGUGAAGCAAAGGAACGGGGCGGCAGUGGAGCCAAGCUCAACUUUGAAGAGUUCAGCAAACGUAUGAUGGCGGACAAGGGUCGCCGAUUGGCUUUUGUUGCCUCGUGGAUUGAAAUGGCGAGUUUCUGA